GACAUUGGUGUAAACCUCAUGUGAGCCUACUGUGCAGGUUUAUCGUUUGAACCAGCAGGAUAUAUACAGGCAGGGAAGUAGAUGCUCAGCUUUAGAGGACCAACACAUCACAACACUGCAGCUGCAAAGACUUCAUACAAUAACCAUGAGGGUCAUCAACUUGGGUCCAGACCCAUCUCUAGCAUAUCGGCCAAACCUGGACAAGAAUGAAGCCAAAGAGAAGGAGGAAUACAGAAACUUUGAGAGUGGAAGUCUAAUUGACCGUGUGUUCAACACGUACAAGCUGAUGCACACCAACCAGACGCUGGACUUUGUAAAGCAAAAACAUUCUGAAUGGACCAGCUGCAAACACACCCAGAUGGGGAUGAUGGACAUUAUUAUGUCUCUAGACCAGCUGGUGGAUGAGUCUGAUCCUGAUGUGGACUUCCCCAACUCGUUCCAUGCCUUCCAGACUGCUGAGGGCAUCCGUAAAGAGCACCCUGACAAAGACUGGUUCCAGUUGGUGGGUCUUAUCCAUGAUGUUGGGAAAAUGAUGGCUCUUUGGGAUGAACCCCAGUGGGCUGUGGUGGGGGACACCUUCCCUGUGGGCUGCAAGUUUCAAAAGUCCAUUGUGUUCAGAGACAACACCUUCCUGGAAAACCCUGAUGAUAAAAACCCAUACUACAAUACUGAACAUGGGAUCUAUGAACCCAACUGUGGGCUCGACAACGUCUUCAUGUCUUGGGGUCAUGACGAGUACCUCUACAGAGUUAUGAAGUUCAACAACUGCUCCAUCCCAGAGGAAGGGCUUUACAUGAUCCGCUUCCAUUCCUUUUACCCCUGGCACUCUCUCGGAGACUACAUGCACCUGUGCAAUGACAAAGACCUUCAAAUACUGCCCUGGGUCCAAGAGUUUAACAAAUUUGACCUGUAUACAAAGAGCCCCGAUCUGCCCAACGUCGAAAAGCUGAAGCCGUAUUACCAGUCCCUGAUUGACAAGUACUGCCCUGGUAUACUGAAGUGGUGAAACAGACACACAGCAAUGAAAGGCUGUCAAGAAAUAACCAGAUAGAGAUGAUCACAUACUGUACAUAUAACAACCCUGUAGCUGCACUUAGUAUAUUCUGUACACAUAUUACUUAUCACCAAAUAUAUUUAUAUCAAGUUUCUAACUACUCAGAAUAUAAUUAGAAUAAUGAGAUUAACUAGAUUAGAAUGUCUGAUUUUAUGUAUACUAACAGUUAAAGUUUUUAAUGUUCUACUCAUAAUUCUCAUAAUUAUGAAACAUUGACAGAAAAUUGUAUUGUAUUUUAAUAUUAAAAAGUAUUACAUUG